ACAACACUCGCUUCAGCUUUAACAGAUAGCUCAGCCCAUGUUAAACACGUUCAGUCCGUUGGAAUAAUAUUACAAACCAGGUACAAUAUCUUUCUGAAGACAGACAGCUCGUUAAUGUAGUUCUAGUUUAAUGUCAGUCAACAAGUGCCUAAGUUUACUUUGUUGUCUUUUUGGUUUGUUAUCCUAGCUAGCUCAUUAGCUAAGUCGCUAGCUGUUUAGCGCCAGCUCCCAGCUCCCUGACGCUGGUUUAAUUACGUUAAAUACCCUUAAUAACAGUUUGUAUGUGACUGACAGCUGUGUUGUCUGAUACUCUACGCGACUGGAGUGAAAAAGAAGAUUGGUGAUGGUGCAGCCACAACCCGAUGGCCCCAUGCAGUGGGAGAUGUCCGGAGAAGAGAGUGGAGGGACCCUCAGGGUCCCACCAGAGCUUGCAGCCAAUGAAGUGGUGACCAGAUUGUUGAGUGACAACCAGCAGCUUAGAGAGGCGCUGCGGCGGAGCAACCUGACCUUGCGUCAGCGCUGUGAGGAGAUGGAGGGAUGGCAACGAAGGACAAAAGAGGAACGAGAGUUUCUCAGCUGUCGCUUCCAAGAAGCAAGGUCCCUGGUGGAGAGGCUGGCCCAGGAGAACCACUCCUUACAGAGCAUGGUGAACGGACCUGGCUCCUCCAACUCCUCGUCUAAUCACUGCUGCAGCUCCAGCCAGACUGAAAACCCGCAGCUACGGCCAGCCAGGAAUGGACCAGUGGACGGACCACAGACUCUAGAUCAGCGAGAAAAGAAGAGAGUCGAAGAUACAGAGCAAUGCACACAGACAUCGCCACCUCGCAGCCUGGAUAACACAAGUGUGCAUAGCUCAUUGAGUUACGCACAGUCCUCUCCCCCCAUAUCAUUUUCAGAUGAACUGGGAGAUAUAAUGGGCAAUGACAAUAGCCAGCCUGUGGAAGGUGCAAACGAGUUCCUGCAGCUGCUGAAGAGCCACAAAGAGAAACUGGAGGAAGGGAUGCGAGAGCUGAGAAGGAAAAAUGAGGAGCUAGAGAAGCAGAGGGACGAGGGAGAGAAAGAGAAGGAGCGAAUGCUUCACUGCAUAGACCAGCUCCGGGGUAAACUGGCCCAGGCACAGACGAACAAUGUUACUGAGGAGGUUGUCCAGCAGCGCUCUGAGGCACAGCACUCGUCCGACUGCUCUAGCCUGGCUAAGCUCACAGAGCAACUUCAGGCCACACAGGGCAGGUAUCGGGAGCUGGAGGAGAAGCUUGAUUACCUGCAGAAGAGCUCAGCUCAGAGGGACAGAACUGAAGCUCUGCUCAAACAGAAGGACAAGGACUGUGCCCAGCUGGCCAAGGACUGCGAGGCCCUGAAAGCUCAGGCAACUUCCCUGCUAGGAGAACUACAGGAAAGACAGAGCUGGUUGGACAAAAGUGAGCAUGAACGCGUACUCCUGGAAGACAAAUUAAGCAGUAAAAUAAAGGCCCUGCAGGUGGCAGAGCGGGAGCUUGAACAGCAGAAGAAACAGCAUCAUGUAGCCAUGGACAAGCUGCUGCUGCAAACCCAGAGCCUGGAGCAGGCCCUGAAGUCAGAGAGACAUGUUGUCACUGAGGAGAAGAAAAAACUGACACAGCUACAGCAUGCAUACACAUGUCUCUUUAGAGACUAUGAUUCUAAACUGAAGAAUGAGGGUGGAGAUCUGUGCAGCCGACUGGAGGAGGCUGAGCGAGCGCUGGCCCUGAAGCAGGACCUGAUUGAUAAACUGAAGGAAGAGGUGGAGCAACAGAAAGGCUCCCUGGAAACAAUUCCUGUCCUUACUGCACAGGCUGAGAUCUACAAGGCAGAUUUCCUUGCUGAGCGAGAAGCCAGAGAGAAGUUAAACCAGAAAAAGGAGGAGCUGCAGGAGCAGCUGAAUCAGGCCUUGGCUGAGAAUGAGAGGCUUAAACAGGAAGCUACGUCACGUGCACGUAUGGAACAAAUGAAGAUGAGACACCUGGAUGACUUCUCUGCACGGCCCACACUCAUCCCCCCCCCACAAGGUGUGUUCCCCCCUUUCAACACGGUGCCCCCUGCUCCCUCAUUCCGUACUCCGGGAUUGGGACCAGUCGGUGAUCAAGGUCCAGUCGGAACUGAGGAGCUGCCGGAUUUAUGUUGUCCUAAGUGCCAGUACCUGGCUCCAGAUAUGGACACACUGCAGAUACAUGUAAUGGACUGUAUACAGUAACAUAAGCAUUGCCCUGCACACCAUGACAACAACAUACAUAGAUAUGCAGUAUGUAUAGUCUGUUUAGAUUCAGUGUGUCUUCUCCCAUUUCUGGGUGCCCGCUGGAAAAACAUGUUUGGAUAGUUGCACCUUACUCUCGCUUUCUCUCUCAAACAAACACACAUCCACAAACCUGAACACAAAUUCUGGAUCUUUCUGUUGAACAGUUCAGUAUGCUGGAAUCGAGACAGUUCACGCCAAGGCAAUCUGAUGACAGUCUGAACAAGUGAAAGAAAAACAAGAAAAUCAGCAUGAUAUUUCCCUGUAGCUCUAGUGUGGAUCCAGUCUCUGCUGUAGUUUUUCCCUUUCCACAAUCAUUAUAAUCAUUUCUGUUCUUAUGUUUCCCCUCUUACCUUUUCCUAUGCUUACUUUCCUCUGAGACAGCACUUUGAUGCACAUUUUCAUCAGUAUUUUUUAGAUUCAGUGAUUAGAUUCACAUGAUCCUCUAUCCCCCAUUUCCUUGCUUCUUUGCUUCAAUGCUGUAGUGAUGACAGAGGAGCACACUACAUGCUGUGAAGUAAAUGUGUAUACUUGUAAUUGCAUCAGUCCAAAAGAUCAGUAAUUAUUAGACCUAAGGUGAUGAUAAGUUUAGAAGAAAAAAAAAGAAGUGACAGUCCAGAGAAGAAAACACAUGAUCAUGUGAAUAACAUAUUGAGCUUAAAAAAAAUCAGAUAUGUUAUGGUUGUAAAUGUAGCUGUCUGCAUUACCUCAGAGCAUGUAUUAUGAUGUAUUAGAGAUGGAUUUACUCUUGUUGGGGGAGAAAAGUAACCAUUCUCUGUGUUCGGUGCCUGUGUACAUGACUGACUGCACCUCAUGCUAAACCCAGUCCUUAACCCAACAGCCCUUUUGUGACCCUUCUUCUGUCUUAGCUUUACCUGUUGCACCUAUUUAUCUAUCUGAAUGUAAGAUUUCUUCACAGUUUGUGUGGAUUUUAACUAAGUAUAGAAACAUUUGUGGAAAAAAUGCAUCAAACUGUUGGAGAUUUACAAAAUAAAUCAGUUAUUCAUUUGACUUUA